GUUGGUAUGACAGCACAUAGGACACUGCUCUUGAUAAUCAGCUUGCUCGCAUUGAGCCCUUUGCCUAUAGCUGCAAAAAGGCGACCAGUUCAUCGAUCUACACAAAUCGAACAUGAGCACUACAUCAAGACAUCGGAGUGUCAUAUUGCGUAUAACCCAAGAGAGGAAAAAAAUAAGAAAAAAGUCACCGCAAAUGCUGACAACAAUAAUAGUUGCUCCAAAGGUGAUAAUUUGAUUAGUACUCGAUUCGAUGAAAAGCUCCAGCAAUAUGUAAUGCAUGUCAACGGUUCGGUUGCGCAAUCGAUUUUGAGGAUUAUGAAGGAGGAAUCGCCUAAUUUGAUAGGAUACAAUUGCAGUUAUCGUGAGAUCAAAAGAGCGAAUAAAAGUAACACGGCAAACGCUGCUGUUGUCUUGGGAGAAGAGGUGGCUUUUUGGGAUAACUAUGUUGUUCCUCGGUAUGUCGAUGGCCUGAAAGCAGCCUGCAGAAAUGAACUGUUCGAGGAUCUACAAUCGGACACCUUUGCCUUUGUGCAACCCCUUAAAACUGAUCCGCCACUUGUUUCCUGGCAUCGAAGACCGAGUGUAAUAAUGAUUGGUCUCGAUGCAAUUUCCCAACUGAAAUUCCGUCGCAAUAUGCCUGAACUACUCAACCAUCUUAGAACGCAGGGCUGGAUAAAUAUGGAGGGAUAUGCCGCAGUGGGUAACCAAAGUCUGCACAAUUUAAUGGCUGUUCUAACAGGAUAUAGUCCUCAUACUUGGACAAAUCUCAAGUGCGAUUCGAAAGAAGUUGGUUGCAUAAAAACAUUGCCGCUGAUAUGGAAGCGUUUCAAGAGAAAGGGAUAUGUCACAUCCUAUGGCGAGGGUAUGUCUAAUUUUACAAUAUUUAACCAAGACAAAGUGGGCCUUUUUGAAAAGUCCAUUGACUUUUAUGCUCGACCAUUCUUUGAGCCAAGUAACAGUGAAGAGUGCAUUGACAGACGGUUGAAUAUCAGGUAUAUCCUCGACUAUUGUGAGCAGUAUUUAAAGCGGCAUGCACACUCGCCAAGACCAUUGUUUGGAAUUUUCUUGGGCAACAGUAUAGGGCAUGAUAAAUCCUAUGCCAACGAUAAAAUGCGAGUUGAACUGUUGGACAAACUAAAGACACUUAGGAAAAUGGGCGUUCUUUCCCAGUCGAUUGUGAUACUCUUCAGCGAUCAGGGAUCAGGCAAAAGUAAGGACUUUGUUGGAGAAAGACUGCCCAUUCUGUUCAUUUGGCUGCCACCCUGGUUCAGAGCUCUACAUCCGGAAAUAGUUCAGGGCCUGAGAAUUAACAGCAAACGCCUCACUUCUCCAUACGAUCUGCAUCUCACAUUGCAGCACCUUUUGGAGAUGGGUGAACGUUGGCCCCGAGCGGUGGACAAACUGGUGGAUUGUCCCACCUGCCAGACCCUUUUCGCUCCCGUUCCCGAGAAUCGCACCUGUUCGGAUGCCGGAAUUGCAGAAUCGCACUGCCCGUGUGAUAGCUACAAGCGGCUGAGCACCAAGCAGAUACGGCAAAUGUCUUUGGGAAAGCUCCUCGUCCGGAGUAUAAACAAUUUCCUGCACCACCACAAUUUGCAAGAUCUCUGCUCCAAUCUCACUCUUAAAACCGUGAAAAUGGUGCAACAACGCAAGGACAGGAAGUUGUCAAGUGGCAGCACCUUUCGAGUUGAUUUUAUAGCCACCCCGAAUAACCCAAUAUUCUCGGCAACCACUCGCUAUAAUCGAAUGUACCAAUAUCUGGAAUACUUAAAUGUAGAAUCCAUAACUCGAUUGGAUUCCUAUCGAAACGAUUCCGAUUGCAUGCGAAGGCUGAAAGGUAGAAAGUUCUGUAUUUGCAUGAAUCGAAUAGUUAACGAUAAGCCAAAAACAAAAUACAAUGAUAAAGAAAAGAACAUCCCAAAAAAGAAAGCAAAGACAGAAAUUCCAAACUCAAAAACUAAAAAGAAAUUAGAGUCCAAAAAAGAUAUAAAGAAAAUUGAUGAAAGUUUAUAUGAAUAUCCAGACAUGCACCCAGAAAAUAACCAAGAUAUUGAAAUUAUUUCGGUAUAAAUGUGUUAUUCUUUAAGUAAAGUUUUACACUGCCCAGCUUUUCAGUACUUUUUUCAGAAAAAUACAUACAUCGGCAUAAAUUUGUUAUGCCUGUUAUGCAGCCAGAAAAUAACCAAGAAAUGUAAAUUACCUCGGUAUAAAUGUGCUAAGCCUUAAAUAAAGAUUAAGACUUCUCAGUUGUUUAGUAUUUUGUCAAUAAUAAAGAUGUGCAGAAAGUGGUGUCAGUCAAUAGCUGUUAUUUGCAUUGUUUUAGAACUACAGGCCAUAAACCGAAAUGUGAAGACAACUACUAAAAUAAAAUUAAACACGACUCUUGAAAGCGACAUUGUUAGCUACAAAUAUGACUUCCAAAAAGAACAAUUUGUACUACUUUUAAACCAAACAGCAGCCAAUCAAAGUUUACAAAAACUUAAGAAAAAGUCAAGUCAAAACCCAAGUUUUACCUGUAGCUAUAAAAGCUUGAUCAAAAAUUCAAUGGGAUCAUAUGAGAGAAACAACCAGACAGAUGAAGUUUCACUUAAGGAUGGAGAUGUGGUGCCCAAAAGUGUUGAAGCUAUAAUUACCAUUUGUAGGAGUGAAAUGCGUGAGGUGCUCCAAGUGAAACCCUUCAUCUUUGUGCAAAGUAAAAAACAAAUCGU